AUGCAAAUGUACUUGUUGAACACAUUGUUUCUUCAAUUUGUUGUAUGUGUUACAGUGUCAUGUCUAAAGUACAGGUGAUUAUUUUCAAAUAUAUCAGGUAAACAAUUCGAAAAAUUUCAGAUUAGUUCCAAAUAAAGCAACUUCUGCUCUUUUAUGUUUGGGACCGUGUAAAUAUAUUGGUCAAGCGUUCUGCAGUUUUUUGUUCAAUUUAAUGCAAGGUGCUCAUAUUGGAUCUGCCACUUCACUUUUACUUACUUUUCAUUACCGUUAUCAACUUCUUGUUAAAGGCAGUGUUAACAAAUCAUCAAGGAAAUAUCACAUCAUAAUAACUUAUUGUGUCCCUUUAUUUUUUGUGGUUCUGCAAUCUAUUGCUCCAACAGAUUUGAAUGUUGUGAAAGCUGAAUUACUAUUCAGAUAUCCUACUUAUGACACUACAAAUUAUGAGAUCAUUGGGUAUUCAGAUAAUUAUAGUCUUGCUGCAAUUAUAUAUUUAAUAAUGUUAAUGAUUGGAUUAUAUGGAUCUCCUAUUGUUGCAUUUAUUUUCAGGAAACGGAUUUUGAAAAUAUUAAAAUCAAGAGCAGCAUCAAGAUUGGGAAGAAUUGAACAAUCACAAAGUUUGAUUCAUGGCUUAACAAUUCAAACAGUACUUCCAAUUUUAUUCUAUUUUCCCGUCCUUAUCAUGUUUAGUUAUUCAACAUAUGGAAGUGGAAAUAGUAUGAUUCUUGAAUUCCUCACAAAUCCGUUUAGUUAUAUCUACACAAUCACCGAUCCAAUUUUAACAAUUUAUUUCAUUUUACCAUAUCGUCUAGCACUAAAAAAACUUGUCAAACGAAAGUGGGCAGAUAAAAAUGGCGGAGGAGUCAAAACUAUUUUUCAUUCUGAAACAAAUACUGUAAGAGUUUUUUUGAAUUCGCAAAUCAAUAAUUAUUUUUUGCAGGUUAUUUUUACUACACAGAUACAUAUGUUAUAG